AUGAAUUGCCAGGUCCAAGUGCAACAGCAGGUUCGGGGGCGAAGACGCUGCUCCCGGAUGGUGCUGCCCGCAGCACUCGGCGCGAGGCGCGAUAGGGAGCGAGAACGUCGGGAGGAGCGCUACGCUGGCAGCAAGUGGGGCGCCGCCCCAGCCGCGGCUGCUCUACCGCCUCCACCCACGCACUGGCGUCGCGAGGGCCGCUGCCGACCAGAGCCCGACCGUGCACUGCCACUCAAACUACUCCUCAACAUAAGUUCAGACGAGCCCUCGCCGGCUCGCCAUCUCCGCUCUCGCCGCGUCCCUUUUAAAAUACGAGAAAAAUACAAAAAAAAUAACGGGACCGGUAAGAGCGUCGGUGGCGGGCCGGCGGCGGACCGUAGCCCGGCGCUCCGUCCCGUCGCCGUCGCCUUGCACCCGCAAGCGGCUCUAGGGCGCUCCUGUGAUUUUUUUAUUAGGGCUUUGGUCAGGCGCGGCGCUCUCCCUACGGCUAGUUCAAUGUGGUCUCGUCCGAUGCAACUCUACUUAGCGCCGGGGAGGGUGCCGCCCGCCAGCCCGCGCCCACGCCUCCUUGUGUCUGCAAGGCGCAAGACG